AUGGACUAUGCCUUCAGCGGCUGCUAUGAAUUUCUGCGACGCCGCGAGCAGUUGCGUUCUGCGCAGCAGACGUAUCGCAAGCGGAAAGAUAAAAGCAUCGAUACACUGCGUAGUCGUGUGUACCAGCUGGAAGAUGGCGUUGAGCAGAUCAGCCACUCAUUUCUAGCUUUCAGCAGUCUCCUCUUGGAAACGAACAUCGCGAAACGUGACUCUCGUGUCACGCUGAGCCUCCGAGAACUAGUUCAGCAAUGCCUGGCACUUGCCAAGACGGAAUGUGACGAGCUCGAACAACGUGCUCACCCUAAUCCUGCUCUCACCAAGAACGCUAUCGCAAGAAAUUCGAUGCAAAGUGACAACUGCGUGAACGCUCUGGAGAAUGUUGGAAACACCACCACGCAACACCAGAGCCCUAUGGAACAGUCCCAACCACAAUUACUAAAUGAACAACAAUCGUUAUCGCCAUUUCAAUUAACCUUUUCAUCCAACACGGCUAUGGCGACCUCCAUCUCUCACUCUUACCCUGCAAUACACUGUUUAUCCAACCCUAUGCCAAACCCCUUGCCCACAAGCAUAGGUAACGAUGAAUCUAGAACAUUUUCACACUUCCUAAUUAGAGUGUGCUGUCAAAGCGGAUACCAACUUCUUGUAAACGCUCCAAAAAACAUGAAGGUUCAAGAAAUCUUUGGAACUUUUCUUUCUUCAACGGAGCGAAACGCCUUCAUUUCGAUUUUUUGUCAGGGACUUCAAGACCACAACGACGGCUUAGUCAAUCAAAUGGCUACCGUUUUGGCCCCACUCCAGUUAAGAGGAAGUAACUAUACUUCUGAAGAACUCACAGCGUUCUAUACGGGGUCGAACUCUGCGGCUAUGAUGCAGCUGGAUGGAUUAAUGGAUGCCAAUGGUGUGCAGGACAUGCUUUUUAGGAGGGGCUUUUACAUCAAAGAUAUUGCCGUGCCGUCAUCUAGUUCGAGCCUUAACUCGACACUCGACGUAGCUACUUUUGUCAAAUGUGAGUUGCUUGUUAAACAAGAUACUUGGAAAUUUACUGAUAUUGGGAUGAACAAUAAAGUACUCGCCAUUCGAUGUAUCUGUUUCGGAUCUGGGCCUGUGUUUAAAAGGGAGAACGUUGAGAAUUCAUUGCGCCUCGCAAUGUCUAAUGAUCCCAUCCAAGUUGUCUCCGAUUCUUUUCUGCCGGAUCUCGAGGGUAGUUGA